AUGACCCUAUACCAACUGAAGGUGAUACUGAAAAUGACUUGGAUGUUGGAUCGGGAGCCACCAAUCAGACUGGAUCGUUCCUACGUGAACAACGAACAGUCAAUACUUGUGUUUCUGAAAAAAAUGAAAAUUGAAAAGCCCGCUGUAGUAUACAUGCUGAAUUUGGCCCUUGCAGAUGUCCUGUUUGUAAGCGUGCUUCCUUUUAAGAUUGCUUAUCACUUUUCUGGAAAUGACUGGGCUUUUGGACCGCAAAUGUGCCGUUUCAUCACUGCUGCCUUCUACUGUAACAUCUUAGAGUAUCUCUACUUUGCCUAUCUACUCUGUGUUUGUAUCAGCAGCGUUAGCUGUUGCAUUGAUCCCUUUAUUUACUACUAUGCUUCUUCUCAAUAUAAGGAA